CAACCAACUCUUUCUGCUGUCAAAAUGGCGUCGAGCAGGGACAGGCGGCACACGGAGACCGAAUCUCCGGUCGACUACGUCCAAGUUGACGGACUGGUCGUCCUCAAGAUCAUCAAACACUGCAGCGAAGAGGCCGGGGGCCUCCUCGAUGUCGCUCAGGGAGUCCUGCUAGGCCUAAUCAACAACAACUGCGUCGAGAUCACCAACUGCUUCCCGAUCCCGCCGCGCCACGCGGAGGAAGAAGAGGCAGAUGACCUCGAGUACCAGAUGGAAAUGAUGCGGCAGAUGCGUCACGUGAACGUCGACCACCUCCACGUCGGGUGGUACCAGAGCUCUAACUUCGGGAGCUUCUCGAACCGCCCCUUGCUCGAGUCCCAGUUCGGCUACCAGACCAACAUCACCGAGUCUGUGGUGCUCAUCUAUGACCCCGUGCGCACGACGCGGGGUUUCCUGUCCCUGCGCGCGUUCCGGCUCACGGACCCGGCCAUGAAGCUCCUCGGCGACAACGAGUUCAGCGCGGACAGCUUCAAGGCGGCGCGCUGCUCGUUCGAGAACAUGUUCGAGGAGAUCCCCGUGGUGAUCCGCAACUCGCACCUGGUGAACAUCCUGCUCUGCGAGCUGACGGAGUCCACGCCCGUCGACGUGGGCAAACAGCUGCUGGACAUGAGCACGGCGUUUGUUUUGGAAAAGAACCUGCAGGCUAUGAUGGGAUGCGUCGACGCACUCAACCAGGAGACAAACAAGUUCAUCAACUACCAGCGCCAGGUGAUGCGCCAGCAGCAGCAGAAAGCCCAGUUCCUGCAGAAGCGGGCGCAAGAAAACAGCACCCGCAUCCAGAAGGGCGAGCCGCCCCUGCCUGAGGAGGACAUCAACAAGCUCUUCAAGCCCAUCCCAGCACCCUCCCGCCUCGAGUCGGUGCUCCACUGCGGCCAGGUCAACUCGUACUGCCAGCAGGUGGCCCAGUUCUCCACCCAGAACCUGGGCAAGCUCUUCAUGGCGGAGGCACUCCAACUGGAGCACAAGCCCUCAGGUCUACUCUCCUAAGAGGGUAUACUCCUGAGGCCGUGAGGUUGAGUUGCUAGGUAACACGUGCUGUGCGGAAACGAGGGAUGGGCAUGCGAACAGGAGCUGAGGAUGGCUUGUUUUCUUUUUCUUUCUUUCUGCACAUAUGGGGGAAGGGGGGUGAUGAGCAAAUUUUUGGGAGGAGCUCCGGGAGAGGGGGCUUUCCUUACUUCUGUUUCUUUCCGUGUUUGGUUUGUUACGGAGGCAGGUGCAAAUUUUGUUUUCGUGAAACCUAAUUUGAGGCAGGGGUUUAUCCAAGAUUGACAAUCUGGCAGGAGUGUAGCAAAUUUCUGGGAGGAGCGCUGCUGGUGUGAACUUUAUAGGUAUGUGUACUUUGUUGUAGGAAAUCCUUGGGGGCUGUAUAAAUCGCCUCUGGAGAGUGUCGCAAACAUUGCUGUCGGGAUUCAGUCGUCGAUUGGUUUGGUUACGCCUGGACGAUUAUGGGUUGCUGAGGUCGUGCAGUGUGGGGAAGAAUGCCAUACGUUAGAGAUUCGAAUGUUGUUUACAACUUUUUCGGUUGAUUUGACUGUUUUGAUGGGGGGAGGGGAGCCGUCCUCACUUACAUAACGCGUUGCUGAAAGCUGGCAUGCCGGUAGUUGCAACUUCAGCUUUUUGAUAAUGUUGGCCUCAGUGAAUAAAAAUUCCUUUUUGA